AGCGGAAAGGGCGAGGCCUGGGCCGCGCCGCCCGCAUGGAGCUGAGCAGCGCGGAGGUGGCCUCCACCCGGCUCCUCAGCCUCACGCAGCGCUCUGUCUCUGAAGACCUGGGUUGCAGACGUGGAGAGUUUAGCAGAAAGCAUUAUGGAUCUGUGGAACUGCUUAUAUCUAGUGAUGCUGAUGGAGCCAUUCAGAGAGCUGGACGAUUCCGUGUGGAAAAUGGCACCUCUCAUGAGAAUACAGACUACACUCCAGGUACAUGGCACAGAACAGAUGUGCAUCUGGAAAACCCAGAGUAUCAUACAAGAUGGUAUUUCAAAUAUUUUCUAGGAAAAGUUCAUCAAAAUUAUGUAGGUACAGAUGUAGAGAAAAAUCCUUUUUUUCUGUCUGUUGUACUCUCUGAUCAAAGUAACCAGCGUGUUCCUCAAUAUCGUUCGAUUCUUUGGAGAAAAACAGGUACUCAGAAAAUAUGCCUGCCUUAUUGUCCCACAAAAACAUUAUCGGUGAAAUCUAUACUAAGUGCUAUGAGUCUUGACAAGUUUGAGAAGAGCCCAAGGGAAAUUCUUCAUCCUGAGAUACAAAAGGAUUUGUUGGUUCUUGAAGAGCAAGAGGGAUCUGUAAAUUUUAAAUUUGGAGUCCUUUAUGCUAGGGAUGGGCAGCUUACAGAUGAUGAAAUGUUCAGCAAUGAAACUGGAAGUGAAAGCUUUCAAAGAUUUUUGGAUCUCAUGGGUGACAAAAUUACUUUGAAAGGGUGGACAGGAUACAGAGGAGGAUUGGACACCAAAAAUGAUACAACAGGAUCCUUUUCCAUCUAUACAGUUUAUCAAGGGCAUGAAAUUAUGUUCCAUGUUUCAACCAUGCUACCAUAUUCUAGAGAGAACAAGCAGCAGGUAGAAAGGAAGAGACAUAUUGGAAAUGACAUUGUCACUAUCGUGUUUCAGGAAGGAGAAGAGUCUUCUCCAGCAUUUAAGCCAUCUAUGAUUCGCUCUCAUUUUACACAUAUUUUUGCUUUGGUGAGAUAUAAUAAGCAGAAUGAUAGUUACAGGCUGAAAAUAUUUUCAGAAGAAAGCGUUCCUCUCUUUGGGCCUCCCCUUCCAUCCCCACCUGUGUUUACAAAUCACCAGGAAUUCAGGGAUUUUGUAUUAGUGAAAUUAAUAAACGGGGAAAAAGCUACCUUGGAAACCCCAACGUUUGCUCAGAAACGUCAACGCACUUUGGACAUGCUGAUUCGCUCUUUAUACCAGGACCUAAUGCCUGAUCUACACAAGGUAAAUAACAUGCUCAAUAGGAGGUCCUUUAGUGAUGUGUUACCAGAGUCCCCAAAGUCAACACGGAAAAAAGAGGAAGCUCGACAAGCAGAAUUUGUCCGUCUUGGUCAGGCUUUGAAAUUGAAAACCACUGUGAAAGGGGAUGCACCAACUAACUUGGCAACCACAAGCCUUUGUAAAAAGGAGCCUUGGGAAUCCCAGUCUUUCUGCAGCAAUUUUCCUCAUGAGGUUGUCUGUGCGGAUUCUUGGGGCCAGUCCUUGCUAGUUUCUACAGACGCUGGCAUCUUGUUAGUAGAUGAUGGUCAACCUUUGGUACAAGUAUUUGAUAAAACUCUCCAAAUAAAGCAGAUGCAUGUGCUGGAAGCUCUGGAUCUUUUGAUUGCCAGAACAGAAAAAGGAAAGGAUUCUCGUCUCCUUGUCUUCAGACUGAGUGCUGUCCAAAAAGAUAUAGAAACAAAGCAGAUGAUAAGGAGCAAAUAUGACUGUAGAGAAAAUAAACUGGAGAGAACAAAAGGCUGCCAUUUGUAUGCCAUUAAUACUCACCAUGGCAGUGAGCUGAGGAUUGUUGUGGCUAUUCGGAACAAACUACUACUUGUCACAAAGAAAUAUAAUCCAUGCAACAGUUUAACCAGCAGCUCUCUGCUAUCAUCAUCUGAAUCUCCAGUAGAGGAAUUCCAGUACAUCCGGGAAAUAUGCCUUUCUGACCCUCCAGUGGUUAUGACUCUGGUGGAUGGACCUACUGGAGACAGUGACAAUAUGAUCUGUGUAGCAUAUCGUCAUCAGUUUGAUUUAGUUAAUGAAAGUACUGGGGAGUCCUACAGAUUGCAUCAUGUUGAAGCAAACAAGGUUAAUUUUGUUGCAGCUAUUGAUGUAUAUGAAGAUGGUGAAGCUGGUUUGCUGUUAUGUUAUAACUAUGUUUGCCAGUAUAGAAAGGUGUAUCCCCUUAAUGGAGGUUCUCCAUUGAUCCAGCCAUCAGCUUCCAACUUCCACUUCAGCUGGAAUCAAGUUCCUUAUGCUGUUGUUUGUGCUUUCCCUUAUAUUCUUGCCUUCACUACUGAUUCCAUCGAGAUCCGGUUAGUGGUGAAUGGGAACUUAGUCCACACAGCAGUUGUACCUGAGCUUCAGCUUGUAGCAUCAAGGUCAGAUAUUUAUUUUAAAGCUACUGCUGCAGUAAGUGGAUCAUCUAAUAGCAGUUCCAAGGAAAUGAGUUCAAGAAGUUCUCCUCAGACACCGAUAGCAUAUGAAAUACCAGAAUGUCCUCUUUCUUCUUUAGAAGAUGAAGUUCCAUGCAAAAACCUGUACAAAAUUCCUCUCAGCAAUCUGGUUGGGCGGAGCAUUGAACGACCUCUGAAGUCACCUUUGGUUUCCAAGGUCAUUGCUACUCCAAUGUCCACUGGCAUUGCUUCUGUUCCUGUUACUCACUCACUAUCGUUAUCUCGUAUGGAAAUUAAAGAAAUCGCAAGCAGAACACGUAAAGAAUUGUUGGGCCUCUUGGAUGAGCCGAUUCCCAAGACAGAAGAUCCACAGAAGCAAAAAAAGGUUUCUCGAAGACAGUCGGACCCCAAGCAGGGAGCAGUAAGAUCAACUAGUAGUGACAGGAUAAUCUCAAGCUCUUCUGAAAGCAAUUCUGAAAAGCGUCAUCUUUCCACUAGUUCAGAUCCUGAUACUGUAGCAAACAGAGAGGAGAGCCCACCAUCUAGCUGUCCUUUUCAGCUGACUUCUUUAUAUGAUGAAGACAUCAUUGAUUUGAAAUGAUGACAGUCUUAACCUUUCUUCUUUCCUUUUCUUAAAACUCUGUGAGCUCUAUAGGAAUGUCACAAACACUGCUUCUAGUGAUAAAUGUGGCUGGAGAUAUUGGUGAUUAAUCUUUAUAGAAUCCAUGCUGUUCUGGCUAGCUCAACCUGACUUGGUGAUGCUUACAUCCUUGACAUAUAGAUGUUUCCUUUUCUCAGUUAAGGAACCAUUACUCUUUAUGGCAUUCAAAAGGUAGGUAAUCAGUGAGAGCUUUAAGCUGAAACUGAACUGAACAAAAGGUAAUCCUCCUUCUGUACUUCUUAUAUUUGAAGUACCUGAAUGAAAGUAACAUUUAGCUAAGCUGAUUGCUCUUACUAGUACUGAGUACAACAGUGUGUCGUAUGGGAAGAAAAAUUUGGUAAUAUAAAUCAUGCCUUCUGUUCUUUAAUUUUUAAAAAAAGAAAAAGGUUGUAGGCAAGGUCUUUCCAACAGUGCAGUUUGUCCUUGAAGAGGUACAGCUGUAUUAUGUUCACCAAAAGAAUCAAGGAUACUCUGUAAAGAUCAGGUAAGAUAUGAACAUGCUGCUUUCUUUGCUCUAACCUAUCCAUGCAUAUUUUUUAAAAGAAAGCUGAAAACUGUUUUGGCAUUAAGAAUCCUUGAGCAGAGAACCUCUUUAUAUAAAAUACAAACUUUGACAAUAUUCCUUAAAAAUUGAAAGUCAAAGAAAUAUUUUGCUUCUCCAUCUGGAAUACUGUUCCUGUAGUGCACCUACAGAAUUUUCAUAGAGGCAGAAGCCAAUGCUUGAUUUUCUUUUUUACUACACAAGAAUUCCUGCACAGGCACCAACAUUAGCUGUUGUCUGCUCUUACACUGACAAUGUAAGUCUUUGCUCCAGAUAACUGUAUUUUUCUAAGCAGAUCCAGACUGAAGUUUCACUGCUAAGCAGAUGGUUUUCUAUGAUGAAAUGGUCAUAUAAGAUCUUUUGUUAUUUUAAAGGACAGGAUUUCAUCUUUAAGGAUUGUUGGUUUUUUUAACCCUUUUCUCUAUGCCAAAAAUUAAUUUUAAACAGUAUUUUGAAAGGGUUUGCUUUUUUUCA